AUGCGCUUCAUCCCCCCCUUGCGCUCGAUACACCGUCUUGCAAGCACAACAGCAGCAAGAGUAUCCCCCAUGUCCAGGCCCAUUCUCGGCCCCGCCGGCGCCAUCCGCCUCUCGGACGACGAGGAAAAGUUUGUGUCCCUCCUCGACAAGUUUGCCGCUGGGCUCGAGCCGCCAGUCGAGUGCCGCAUCGCCGGCGGCUGGGUGCGGGACAAGCUCCUCGCGCUCCCUUCUCACGACCUCGAUAUCGCCCUCUCGACAACAUCCGGGUACGCGUUCGCCGAGUCGUUCGUCAACUUCCUCCAUGACAACCACAGCCAGGUGAACACUGGCCGUGUGGGCCGCGUGGCGGCCAACCCCGACCAGAGCAAGCACCUCGAGACGGGUACCACGACGAUCAUGGGGCUCGAGUGCGACUUUGUCGGGCUCAGGUCCGAGACGUACACGGACAGUAGGAUACCUGACCAGGUGACCCUCGGCACGCCAGAGGAAGACGCCAUUCGCCGGGACCUGACGAUCAACUCGUUGUUCUACAAUGUCCACUCGCGCCAGGUGGAGGACUGGACGCGCCACGGCCUCGACGACCUGGAGAAGAAGAUUGCCCGCACGCCACUCCCCCCGCGCCAGACGUACCUUGAUGACCCGCUGCGCGUGCUCCGUACAGUCCGCUUCAGCUCGCGCUUCGGCUUGACGAUCCAGCCAGAUGUCGCGGCAGCCAUCAAGGAGGAGGAUAUCCAGGCGGCGCUGAGGACAAAGGUCAGCCGCGAGCGCGUCGGCAUCGAGACGUACAAGAUGAUCGAGAAGAACGCUAUCGGGUCGGCCGAGCUCAUCGACACCCUCGGUCUCCACUCGUCGAUCUACAUGUGGCCGACUGAGCCGCCGCACCCGCGCGGAGAGGCGAUCGCCGCUGCCCGGGUUCUGGAUGUGCUCCUUAAGCGGGAAGAGCUUGUCUCGGCGGCUCCUGCGUCUACCUCGUCCCCCCUGCUCUGGCUCGCAGCCGCCGUGAGCCCAUACCGCGGCGCGAUCACUCAGGUAAAGACCAAGGACAAGCCCGUCGUCGGCGUCAUCAUUGCCGAGUCGCUCAAGCUCUCGGCUGCGAUCACCGACUCGGUCGCGCACCUCUUCGAGGCGGCGGAUCUUCUCGACCCGAAGCUCCAAACCGGCUCCCGGUCUGACAUUGGCGUCGUGCUCCAGCACCCGGCUGUCCGCCCAUGGCAGCAGAGCUUUGUGUGGGCUAUUGCGCAGCGCAUCGUCCCAACGUGGCAGGGCACCUGGGCGCCAGAACACGAGGCGAUCCUGCAGUCCUUCCUCGCGCUCAAGGCGCGCAUCGUCGAGCUCGGCCUCCCCGAGGCGAUCGACCUCGCGCCGCUCCUCGACGGCAAGGAGGUGCUCAAGCUUCUCGACCUCCGCCCCAGCCCACUGCUCAAGGUGCUCCUCGACGGCGUCAACGUGUGGCAGCUCGACCACCCGUCAGGCACCAAGGAGGAGUGCGCUUCGUGGCUGUUGGCAGAAUGGAACGGCGAAGGUCGCGCAAAGUUCGAAGCCUCCGUGGUGACCAUUAACAAGACGGGCAAGCAGCGCAAGCCGAAGGAGCCGAAGGGUGAGACCAAGCCCAAGGAGCCCAAGGGCGGCGACGCCAAGCGCAAGCCAUAG